AUUUUACCCCCUGCCAUGGAUGCAUACCUUAGGAUGGUUGGGGUUGUACAAUUUCGACUGCACAAUGACAAGAGGAACACUUGGAUUGUUGUCGCCGGUCUAAAUGGCGGAAGCGCCGUCUUCCAAGAGGGUUGGGGUAGAUUCCUUCUUGGUAAUGGACUAAAAGAGGGAGACACCGUUUUGUUCGAUCAUGUUGGUUUGCAUAUCUUCAAUAUGGAUCCACCGUUCAUGGUCCGAAUUGAUUCACUCGAGAACCCAAUCACGGUUUUUCCACAGUCAGCCGAUGCAUAUAUUCGGCGAAGGAAGUAUAAAGAUCUACAUGUGUACAACUACAACUGGGAUCAGUGGAAUGUAGGGAUCGUUGUGAGUUUGGGCAAUGUUAUAUUCCAGAAAGGUUGGCGUAGCUUUCUACAUGAUAAUGAAAUACAAGAAGGGGACACCCAUAUUUUCAAACAUGUUUGUCUUAACAUGUUUGAAUUAAAUAUUUUCAAUAAAAAAGGGGGCUUAAAAACCCCUCCUGAGAAGGGAGAUCUGCCACCAUAUAAUGGUCAAAACGAUUUUAUGACUUAG